AUGGACAAGUCAUGGAUUGCGAAAGAUAGGGAUUCACUAGAAUAUGAAAUGGGGGUCGAGCAGUUUUUGAUAUUUGCUGAGGAGAACUCUUGUGACCCCAAAAAAAUCCCCUGUCCUUGUUCACGUUGUGUCAACUUCAAGAAAUAUCCCGUAAAGAUUAUCAGGGGUCAUUUGUACGAAUAUGGGUUUAGUUUAGGGUAUGUUGAUUGGAUUUGGCAUAAGAAAGAGUCUAGGACUAGGUCAGUAGUUGAUAGUAAUUGCCGAGGUCCUACCCCUGUCCCCGCUGCCCCCGUUGCCUCAGCUUCGGAAACAGUUAAUGUUUGUGAUGCUGCGUAUAAUUCAGGGGACUAUGAUAAUGAAUCGUACGAGUUUAGGCGGUUCUUGGCUGAUGCUGAACAACCUUUAUUCGAUGGUAGCGAAUGUACCAAGUUAGAGUCGAUGCUGAAAUUACAUAAUUGGAAAGCUAGGUUUGGAAUCAGUGAUAGUGCCUUCACAGAUUUGCUUUCUUCUGUUGGAUCACUCCUUCCCAAAGAUAAUGUCCUGCCACAAAAUGCAUAUGCAGCAAAGAAAACCUUGUCUGAUUUAGGCCUAGAGUGGAAGGUAGGAAAACAUGGUAAAGAAAGAGUCAAUGUUCCGGCAAAAGUCAUGUGGUAUUUUCCAAUUAUUCCUAGAUUUAGACGAAUGUUUAAAUCUCCUACCACCUCCGAACAAAUGACUUGGCACGCAAAGCAUCGAAUACAAGACGGGAAGAUGCGACAUCCCGCUGACUCGCCUUCAUGGAGAAAUAUUGAUUAUAGGUGGCCAGAAUUUGGUAGCGAAGCAAAAAACAUUCGCUUGGCUUUGUCGGCAGAUGGGAUAAAUCCACAUAAUAAUGGACUAACAAACAGAUAUACUUGUUGGCAGGUAGUUUUAGUAAUAUAUAAUCUUCCUCCCUGGUUAGCCAUGAAAAGGAAGUUUAUGAUGUUAACAAUACUAGUUUCCGGUCCGCAUGAGCCUGGUAAUAACAUCGACGUGUAUUUACAGUCGUUAAUUGAUGAUUUAAAGAAGCUUUGGGAAGAAGGCGAACCAAAUGUGUAUGAUGCGCAUAGUAAAUCAUAUUUUAAUUUGAGAGCAGUUUUGUUAUGGACAAUAAAUGACUUUCCUGCCUACGGAAACUUGUCUGGCUGCGUUAAUAAAGGUUAUAUGUGUUGUCCAGUAUGCGGGGAUGAUACCGUUGCUAAAUAUUUGAGCCAUAGUAGGAAGAUGUGUUAUUUAGGUCAUCGACGUUAUUUGCCUAGAAAUCAUCCUUAUAGGAGGCAGCGGGCAGCAUUUAAUGGAGAACAGGAGUUGGGGCACGCACGGCAACCUCUUUCUGGAGAAGAGGUCUUAGCGCAGCAAGAACGGAUUAAAUUUGAAUUUGGGAGGGAAGGAAGAAAGUCAAAGAAGGUGGACUGUCCAUGGAAGAAGAAAUCGAUUUUUUUUGAGUUGGAAUAUUGGAAGUUUCACCAUGUUCGUCAUUGUCUUGAUGUCAUGCACGUCGAGAAAAAUGUGUGUGAUAGUGUGAUUGGCACAUUAUUGAAUAUGAAAUUUAAGUCUAAAGAUACGGCUGCUUCUCGUCUUGACAUGAUUGAUAUGGGGGUCAGGGCUGAUUUAGCUCCUGAAGUCGGAGUUAGGAAGACCUACUUGCCUCCUUCUGUUUUUAAUUUGUCAAAGGCUGAAAAAAAGGUAGUUUUAUCAUCAUUAAUGCAUAUGAAACUUCCCUAUGGACAUGCGUCGAACAUAAAAAAUUGUGUUUCGAUGGAUGAAUUGAAGAUGUUUGGGAUGAAGUCCCAUGAUUGUCACAUCCUACUGCAGCAAUUACUUCCUGUCGCAAUUCGUUCGGUUCUUCCCAAACAUGUGAGGGUCACAAUAAUAAGACUAUGUUUCUUUUUUAAUGCUUUAUGCUGCAAAAUUGUAGACGUGUCGAAACUAGAUAAGUUACAAACAGAUGUCAUAGUGACCUUGUGUGACCUGGAAAAGAUCUUUCCAGCAUCAUUUUUUGAUGUAAUGAUACAUCUGGUAGUUCACUUGGUUCGGGAAUUACGGUUAUGUGGGCCAGUGUUUUAUAGGUGGAUGUAUGCUUCUGAACGGUUUAAUAAGGUAUUGAAGAGUUACGUAAGAAACCGUUAUUAUCCCGAAGGUUGUAUAGCAGAAAGCUACCUCGGAGAAGAGUCGGUAGAAUUCUGCCAAGAGUUUGUUAAUCAAAGUUGCACCACUGCUGGUAUUCGCAAAGAUGCAGGAAAGCUAAGUGGUCCAUUAUCUGUUGUGAUAAUGAAAUCAAUUGAAGAAAAAGAGCGAGAUGAGGCUCAUUUACAUGUGCUUCUAAACAAUCCUGAAGUACAUCCAUACAUCGUAAUGCAUAAGGAGCAUCUAGAGGAAAUAUACCGAGGAAAAAAGAAAAGUGUGCAUUGGCUCUUGAGAGAGCACAAUCGGCUAUUUGCUGAUUGGUUUGAGCAAAAAGUUAGUAGUGAAAUGAUGAAGAAUCCCCAAGACAUUUCAGAUACCAUCAGAUGGCUAGCCGGAAAGCCAUCAUUUUCUGUUUUUACUUACGAAGCUUAUCUAGUUGACGGGGUUCGAUACUUUACAAAGGAUCGAGACCAUGUCAGGGUUGUUCAAAACAGUGGCGUGUCAUUAGUUGCUAAGACGGUCCAAGUGUCUAGUGCCAAGGAUAAAAACCCCGUGGAGAGUGAUAUGACCUUCUACGGAGUGAUUUUAGAAAUAUGGGAGCUGGAUUAUCAUGCAUUCAAGGCCCCAUUGUUGAUCUUGUGUAACUGGGCAGACAAUGACAAAGGCAUAAAGGUGGAUGACCUUGGGUUCACACUUGUGGAUCUAAGUCGACAAGGGCACAAGAAAGAUAAAUAUGUCUCUACUGAUCAAGUUAAAAAAGUUUUUUAUGUUGAAGAUCCGGUCGAUGCCAAAUGGUCUGUUGUAUUAACCUCUACCACUCGAGAUUAUCAAGAGGUGUAUAAUGAUGAUGAUUUAGGAGACACAAUCAUGGAAAAUCCCCCAUUCUGCUCAGAUAACUCAAUUCAUAAUUCAUGUUUCUCAAAUCGUUCCAAUUUGAUUUAA